AUGGGUUCUAUUGAGGAUUUUCCUAGUUCAACCUCCGGGACCACCCCAACCAUCCCUCCUUUAUCUGACGUGGCUCUGAAUGACCCAAUAUUCUCCGACGAGGUCAUACGUUAUCAUCUGGGCCUCCUUAAGUCCAGCCAUGGAGGCGAGAUGGUCUCGGACGAAUCGGCGUAUGCGCCGAUCAUCUCAAGCAGUGUUAUAGCUUGUCAUGCAAACCUUGGAAAUGGGCAAGAUAACCCUAAGAUCCCACAGUUUGGGUUAUUAGCCGGCUCAAGCCCGCUUCUGAAAGGUAUUCGCCCGAAGCGUGCCUCUCCUCUCACGAGCUUGGAUGAGGACCCUCGACUACUAUUCAAUGUUUCACAUCCUUCCAGCAUCUUUAUAUGUGGCUCCCAGGGUUCUGGGAAGAGUCAUACAUUGUCAUGCCUUUUGGAAAAUUGCCUGAUAUCAUCAAAGGCCGGAAGGUUGCCCAAGCCGCUAACAGGGCUGGUCUUUCAUUAUGAUACGUUUAUCAGUGACACAGUGGGGUCCCCCUGCGAAGCAGCCUUCUUGUCAUCGCACCCAGAUGUGCAAGUCCGAGUACUUUGCUCCCCCACUAAUAUUCACUCUAUAAGGUUGGGGCCUUUAAAGCAACGGCUCGAUACCCUAGAGAGUUUUAUGCCUCGAGAGCAAGUGAAUAUAUCGAGGUCAAAUCAAAGAAACGUUGCAAAGGGCUCCAUGUGGGACCCAGUGUAUAUGAACUCCUCUGCAGAGGCCGAGAUUUUCACAGAAACACUAUUAUCAGCAGUUCGUCUUCAACGGCACCUUGGGACUCGAGUUUUCAUCUCGACCCAAGAGCCGACUGUCUCGACCGCUUUGUUAAAUUUGUGCUCUGUUACAAUUGUUCAUCGGUUUACCUCGCCGGAAUGGCUCCGAACGCUGCAAAAGCACCUUGCAGCAGCGGCAACCAACCUUUUCUCUCCAAAGAGUGGCUCCAGCAACCAUGGUAGUGAGACGGAAGAACCGGGGGUAGAGAAGGAGUCUCCCUCAGCUUUUGACAUUAUCGUCCGUCUUCGCGUUGGCGAAGCAUUGUUAUUUGCGCCCAGCGCGAUUGUCAAGGUUGGAACACUGGAGGACGGCCGAGUGGAGUUCCACCGACUUGGCUCCGAUAUCUUGCCUAUAAAAAUCCGGGAACGAUUGACAUCUGAUGGUGGAAAGAGUAUCCUUUCGAUUUGA